CAAGAGUAAUGUGGCUCAGCGCGUUACUUGGCUCAAGACUCAAGGGGUUUCAUAACAUCACGACUUGCGCAUCCAUAGGCCUCUAACCUCUGCUCUCCACACCUGUCGUUCACUUCAUCCCACGUUCACACUCGGUUCCACUACGUCGCUCGCUCAACCCGCUGCCUGAGGCACGUCCACCUCGCAUGUCAAACUUCGAACCCUAAACUCCAUUUUUGUGAUACCCGGGCAAUCCGCAAUGAAGCCGUCCACACUUCUAUACACGGCGAUGGGCCUGCUGUCGCCCAUCGCCACCUACGCUAUCGAGCUGAACCCUGAUGAUCCAGAAUCCAUCAAGAGCGCGACUAAGAUUGUUGCUGCUGGUAUGAGGGAUUGGUAUACUGGAGACAGAGUCGGCGACACACCUGGAAAUUUACCAGACCCUUACUACUGGUGGUUAUGUGGCGCCAUGUUCGGCUCUUUGAUCGACUAUUGGUAUUACACAGGUGACGACCAAUAUAAUGCUAUUACACAACAGGCAAUCGUGCACCAAAUCGGCCAGCCAAAGGCGUUCAUGCCACCAAAUCAAACAAGCACGCUUGGAAACGACGAUCAAGCAUUCUGGGGAAUGACGGCCAUGUCAGCGGCGGAGAACAAGCUACCAGACGUGGAAGGGGAGAUGUCUUGGUUGUCGCUCGCUAUCGCCGUCUUCAACACACAGGUCCCGCGAUGGAAUUCUAGGACAUGCGGCGGAGGUCUUAAUUGGCAGAUCUUCAGUUUCAAUAACGGAUUUGAUUACAAAAACACGAUCUCGAACGGCGCAUUCUUCAACAUCGCGGCAAGGUUGGCGAAAUACACGGGCAACAGCACAUAUGCUGAGUGGGCCGUCAGGGCGUACGAAUGGGAGCAAAGCGUCGGACUUAUCAGCCCGGACUUCCACUUCUUCGAUGGUACCAGUGAACGCCAAAAUUGCUCAGAGGUCAACCACCUUCAGUGGACCUACAAUGCAGGCAUCCACAUGUCUGGCGUCGCGGCGUUGUGGAAUAUGACAGAAGCGGCAGGAGACACCGCUGCAGCGACGCUUUGGCGUAGCCGCCUACAGGGCAUCAUCAACGGCACAGACAUAUUUUAUACUGCCGAAGGUGCUCCAAACGUAAUGAUCGAAAUAGCCUGCGAACGGAACGGAUUGUGCGAUCACGACCAGCGCUCCUUCAAAGCGUACCUAUCGCGCUGGAUGGGCUUUACCAUGCUCACCGCGCCAUGGACCCGCGAGUCAAUCAUGCCUCGACUCCGCACUUCCGCUGUCGCUGCGGCCAAGCAGUGCGGACCUGGCAAGGGCGGAUGUGGAUUGCGCUGGUGGCGGGGCGGCGUCAACGAUGGCGAAGUUGGUGUCGGAGAGCAAAUGAGCGCGCUCGAGGUGAUGCAGAAUCUGCUCGUUGAUCAGGUUGCGGGGCCAGUAAGCGAGCAGACUGGUGGCAUCAGCAAGAACGAUCCUACAGCGGGUAGUGAUGCGGGAGGCUUGGUGAUCGAGCAUGACGCCGUUACCACUGGGGACCGGGCCGGUGCUGGCAUCCUAACUGCGCUAGUACUUGCAUUCCUAUUCGGUGGAGGUUGGUGGUUGAUCACUGGAGAGUAGGGCUGUUCCCCUAUAUCUUUCUCUUUCUUCUUCAAUACAGAAUUAUCCGCGGCGUCCGUCGCGACGAAAUUUACACCCUUUUGUCCCCAUUUCAUUCUUAGUCUCCGUCCGCGGCCUCCUACACGAGCCAGAAGGCCAAUCUGCGUUCGUCGGCCGAAAGCUCCGGCCUAGCGUCCGUCUGGAGCAGGCAUCACAAGCAGUCAGCCCAGCGCUCUGCCUUGAGUGCACGAUCACUACGCGAGCAGUUUGUAAACCGUGUCCCC